AUGCUUCAAGUUGCAUGCGCUUAUGGUAGACUUAAUACAGUUGAUUUUUUACUUACACACGAUGUUAAUAUAAAUUAUCGAGAAGGAAUUCAUUAUAUUUUAACCGAAUGGUAUUCAUCUUAUUUUCAUCAUUAUUCCCUUCAUUUUGCUGCUCUCGGACGUCAUAAUCAGAUUGUUGAAAUGCUUCUACGUAGAAAGGCUAAUCCAAAUUGCAAAAAUUUCCAAGGAUUUACUCCUCUCCACUUUGGCUGCAAGCUUGGUGGUACAGAAUCUAUCAAAUCUCUCAUCAACGCUCAUGCUGUCGUAGAUGCAAAGACAUACCAAGAAGAACUUACACCUCUCCAUGUAGCAUGCGAAAAUAAUCGUCUUCCAUCCGCACAAGUGCUUAUUGAAGCACAUGCUGAUGUUAAUGCUCGCACAAUUAAUCAAUGGACACCGCUACACUACGCAGCUAAUGUUAAAUCAUUUCCUUUAGUUGAACUCCUCGUAAAGAAUGGAGCAGAUAUUCAUGCAUUGACAUCUGAUCAGAAUACAGCGCUUCAUUUCGCAGCCAAAAACGGUUCAUUGCAAAUAUGCCGCUUUUUGAUUGAAAAUGGAGCUCUUGUUUCUGCUCUUAAUGCAGGAAACGAUACACCAUUGAUUUUUGCUGCAAUUUCAGGCGACAAUGAAUGCGUGAAGUACCUUUUACAGAGCGGUGCAACAGUUGUUGAGACAAACUCAAGGAAACAAACAGCUUUACAUCAAGCAGUUCAACACCAGCAUUUAGAUGUUGUUAAGACUUUAAUGAAAGUUGGCGCCAAUCCAAACCUAGUUGAUAUAUACAACAAUACGCCAAUCUCUAAAGCAAAAGCAAAGGAAUAUCACGAUAUCGAGGUUGAAUUAGAGAGAGUUUUAGUUCCAAACGUAAAACCAGCAUUGCCAAGGACACUUUCUGUGGAUGUACCACAAAAAGCACCUUCAAUGCAAACAGCUCAGUCAAUGGAAGUCUUCAGAGAGGAAGAAUGA